UUGACGUUUGUGUUGUGUCGGUCCCCUUGUUCGCUGUUUUAAAAGUUUAUUUCUGAUUAAAACCUUCUAAACAUGGUUAAAAUCGCUCUCCAAAUCAGAGCCAACUUAGAAUGCAUCGAGAAGCUUUAUACCAACCAUCCGAACUACCAAUGGUUCCUAAAACUGAAGUGCAGUAGCUGCGGCGAAGUGUCCGAAAAGUUCCACGAUCUCACGGAGGCUGAUAAAGUGCCGCAGAAGCACAACCGAUCGGAAACAAACCUUUUGAUAAAGUGUAAACUGUGCUCCAGGGAAAACAGCAUGGAUGUCAUCGAAGGCAGCAACGGUGCAUUUACAAAUGAAGAUGCUGGUAAAUUCAAGACGCUGGUAAUAUUUGACUGCAGAGGUGUGGAGCCUGUAGACUUUGAGCCUAAAUCUGGAUGGAUUGCGGAGGCUGAAGAAAAUGGUAUAUACUUGUCUUAUUGUAAUUCUAAAGGCUUGGAAUGCCUGUCAUUUUGA